UAUGCCAGCGAGACUAGCUCGCGCAGACAGACGCGCUUGCUUGAAGUUUAUUUCGUUCUCUUCAUUUCGCAAAAUGGCGGAUGGAGGCGUGGAUAUAGAUUUGUAUGCUGAUGAUAUUGAAGCAGAUUUUAAUCGUCAGGACGAGUUCGGCGGUGAAAAUGUGGAUUUAUACGACGACGUGAUCGCUGCACCACCCAACAAACCGGAUGAUGUCGAUGGACCACCAAAUGCGGCACCCCAGCACCAGCAUCCACCGGAGGAGACAAACGGGAGCGUGAAUUAUCACAACAACGCAUCAAACCACGGCCAUCAUGGCCGCCGUUUUCAGCUAUACGUCGGCAACCUAACUUGGUGGGCGACGGACCAAGACAUUGCUAACGCCAUCGCAGACAUUGGCGUUACUGAUUUUCAAGACGUGAAGUUCUUCGAGAAUAGGGCGAACGGACAGUCGAAGGGGUUCUGCGUCAUAUCCCUCGGCUCUGACCAGUCCAUUCGGAUGGUAAUGGACAGACUGCCCAAGAAAGAGAUACAUGGACAACAUCCUGUCGUCACUUUACCCACAAAGCAGGCCUUGAACCAGUUUGAGAGUCAGUCUAAGACUAGAUCGACACCACCUGGACCUAACAAUCCAGGUAUGAGAGGACCACACCCGGGCGGCCCGCCCGGUCCACACCCUGGAGAUUUCUUUGGCGGUGGUCCAAAUGGGCCGGGCCCCAACGGGCCGCGCAUGAUAAUGCCGGGCGGGGCGCCGCACCACCAACUGCGUGGGCCGGCUGGCGGGGCGCACGGGCCGCACGGUCCGCACGGGCCCCCGCACGGUCCGCCGCAUCAUAUGCCGCAGCACCAGGGACCACCACCACACCACAUGCAGCACCAAGGACCUCCACCGCAUCAAGGCCCUCCACCAAGGGGACCGCCUAUGCAGUUCCAAGGCCCACCUCAGCUACAACGCGGGCCUGGUGGUCCCGGAGGUCCAGGUGGUCCCGGCGGUCGUCCAGGACCGGACUGGGGACCGCGCGGGCCGCCGCAGCAGUUGCCCCCGCACCCACAACCACAAUACGGGCCUCCACAACAUCAGAUGCCUCAUCAAAUGCCACCACCCCACCCGGGUGGUGCGGGUGGUUUGCCCCCUGGCCACGCUGGGCUGGCCGGCGUGCCCCGGGGCCCGGCCCCCUUGCCCCAUCAUCCAGGUAUGCCCCCCUACCCAGGCGUGGGCGGCGGCGCCCCCGCCCCGCACGUGAACCCAGCCUUCUUCGCGCAACAACCGCCGGUACAACCACAACCCGCGGUACAACCGCCACCGCAACCUGGCCCGCCUGGUCCAGGCGCACCAUACGGUCACCCAGCUCACGGCGCCCCACCACCGGCACAAGGACCACCGCCGGCUGCGAGACAACCAUAUGGAAGACCACCUCAGAACUACCCGGGCGCAGGCGAGGCGGGGCGCGGCGCGCACCACGGGCCCGGCCUGGGGGGGGCGCACCCCGCGCACGCGCCGCACGCGCCGCACGCCCCGCACGCGCCGCACGCGGCCCACGCGGCCCACCCGCCACACGCGCCGCACGCCGGCAUCAGCGAGGCGGAGUUUGAAGAAGUAAUGUCUCGUAACCGCACAGUGUCAUCCAGCGCCAUUGCCCGGGCUGUCAGCGACGCUGCGGCCGGAGAGUACGCCUCCGCUAUUGAGACUCUCGUCACUGCUAUAUCACUCAUCAAACAGAGCAAGGUAGCACACGACGAUAGGUGCAAGAUCCUAAUAUCAUCACUGCAAGAUACGCUGCAUGGCGUUGAAACUAAGUCAUAUGGUAGUGGGGAGAGAUCUCGGCGGUCUAGGUCGAGAGACCGCGAUGCACGUGCGCAUCACCGAACGCCUAGGCGGCGAGAGAGAUCUGCCAGCAGAUACCGCGACCGCAGCAGGGAUCGGGAGGAUCGCGACAGGUACAGGGAACGGUCGAGGGAACGUGAUCGUGAACGUGACCGCGAUGCGUAUUACAGAGACUACCGUGAGCGUGAACGCGACAGGUCUAGGUCUAGGGAAAGGGAACGUGCCGACCAUUACAACAGAGGUCAUAGCCGUGAAGAGAGUUCUACCACCAGGCCGCGCAAGUCGCCAGUAGAGCCGACAGCGGAGAGUGGUGCGGGAGAUGCUUCGGGGGCCAAGUCUCGCGCGGCGGGGGCGCCGUACUAUGACGAGAGAUACCGCGAGCGACGCGAGAGGGAGCCACCGCCGGCAGACCGCGAGCGAGACCGCGAGCAUCGCCGCGACGCGAGGCACUAGCACAGGCCGCGCGGCCUCGCUCCGCUCCGACCACUGCAACCACUCCAACCACAUUACACAGAGUACAGACACUUCAGGAUAUGGGUCCGACAGUACACACAAUACAUACACAGAACCUGGUACCAAGACGCCAUGUUAUUUCAUAAAUACUUAUUUUGAUAGUGAAUUCAACAUCAUUUUUACUUCAUCGCCAUUACAAGUCAAUAUGUUACGCUUGUCAACAUUACAUGCAAAAUUUUCUUUUUUAGUCACUAUUUAUAGUACUUACGUUGCGUGCGAUUUGUUAUCUGUGUGUGAUAUAUAUGGACCUUUCUGUGGAGCAAAAAGUUGACAUUAAAAACGUUUUAUAUUAGGUACAAAUCCAUUUAAAACAGGGAAUUUAAAGUUCCGGACAAUACCGAGUAGGGUAUAAAAUAUUGUGCAACUUGAUAUGUCAUGCCUACUUGUAAUGGAUAUUGAACAGAAUCGACCUCUAACCGAGUGAAAGUCAGGUUAUUAUUAUUCUAAAAAGCAAUAUGUACUGAAAUUCUAAAAUACUUUUAAUAGUUGAAUUUUAAGCAGUAAGUAACCAAAGGAUUAAUAGUAAAAUCCGUUGUUUUUUAGUAGAAUAGAAUAUACGCCGUAAUGAACUAUUUAACCAAAUAAUUUUGUAUUUUUGCAAUGCAAGAUGUAAAUACAAACUGAAUGUGUAGAUUGAAAUAGUUACUAGAGCGAUUCGUUUGCUCAGACAUUCGUAGAUCAAAUUGUUUUCAAGUCUACAUUAAUUUCAAAAUUUCCAUUUUUUUGCAGAUGUUAGGAAAAUUGACAUUCCAAAAAUCCCUCGUACACUUUGAUCAAACUACAAAUUCUGUGUUUAUUUCAGAUUAAGUUUAGACCAUGUGUCUCCUAUAUAUCUGGAAAAGAUGUAGUUGUAUUAUGUUCGCGUAAUUUGUUUUGUCACGUCAUGGUUUAAUUUUUAGCCAUCAAGCAUAUUGUAUUACUUUUUAUUUUCCACUGGUUUUUAAUAACUAAGUUUUCAAUGAGAAAUCUAUCAGUAACACUGUAAGAUUAGUCAUGUAAGUUUUAAGAUAUUCUUAUAAAUAUAUGGAUGUUCCGUAUGAUUAGAUUAUGACACUGAUUUAGUUGUUAAUUAAAUAAAUUGAUGUAAUACAUAAAGCAAAA